AUGCGAGCUGCAAUUAUGGCCUGCAAGGAUGCAGUGUCCCGCAAGUUGCCCGUGAGCCUGGCUGAGCUCUGCAUAGACACAACCUUGCGCUGCGGCCAGUCCUUCAGAUGGCGCAAGGUCGACGACGAGUGGCAUUGUUCUCUUCAUGGCAGAGUCAUCUCAUUACGGCAGGACGAAACUCAUCUUCAUUAUCGGGCGACAUGGCCACCAAAUAGACAGGUAUCCAUCAAGCCUGCGGUCAAGGUGAAAAAGGAAGAAGGGGACGAGGAUAUCAAGUCGGAAGAUGCAACUGUGAGGGUAGACGAGGAAGAGGACGACACGGAAGCCCUCCUGCUCAACUACUUCAACCUCCACCACUCCCUCUCGGGUAUGUACACACACUGGUCGGACCGCGACGCCAACUUCCGCAGCAAGGCCCCAAAGUUCACUGGCGUCCGCAUCCUGAACCAGGACGCCUGGGAGACGCUUGUGGCCUUCAUCUGCAGCAGCAACAACAACAUCUCGCGCAUCUCCCAGAUGUGCCACAAGCUGUGCGACCACUACGGAGGUGAACCUAUCGCCACCGUCGCCGGUCACGUAUACCGCGACUUUCCGCCUCCCGAGGCCCUCGUGGGAGACGGCGUCGAGGCCCACCUGCGCGAGCUCGGCUUCGGAUACCGAGCCCGCUACAUCGCCGAGACUGCCCGCAUCGUCGCCAGGAAGCGGCCCGCCGGCUGGCUCUUGUCGCUGCGGAACCCGGCCUCGCUGGCGUGGGGGUCACAACCGCCCUCACCAUCAUCACCAUCAUUAAAGUCCUCAUCGUCGUCGCUGUCACCACCACCACCAGACGAAGCAGUCAUGAAACAUGAACGAGACCAAACACCAGCCCAUGCCAGCCGCUCCCCGACAUCAACGCCUCCCCACAACCACCACCAGCAGCAGCAGCAGCAGCAGCAACCUAACUACCGCACCGCCUUUGUCGCGCUGCAGGAGCUCUCGGGCGUCGGACCCAAGGUCUCAGACUGCGUGUGCCUGAUGGGGCUGGGCUGGGGCGAGGCAGUGCCGCUCGACACGCAUAUGUGGACCAUCGCGACGCGCGACUACGGCUUCGGCGGCAAAAAAGCAGCCACCGCCGCCAAGGGCUCCGCCAUGUCCAAGGGCAUGUACGACGCCGUGGGCGAGCACUUUCGGACGCUCUGGGGACCCCAGGCCGGCUGGGCGCAGAGCGUGCUCUUCACCGCCAACCUGCGUGAGUUUUCGCACCGGCUGAAGGCGACCGCGAAGGACGGUGUGAAAAAGGAGGAGGAUGAGAAGAAGGGCGGUGGUGGUGGACAUGAUGGGAAGUUGGUCGUUUUCGGCGCGGACGCGGUUGUCGCGCCGUCGAGGCCGGCCAAGAAGAGAAAGACUGCUGUCUCGACGACGCAGGUAAAGGUGGAGGAGGACGGGGGCUCUGUCGUCACUACCAAGAUCGAGGUCAAAGAAACCAUGGCGGCUCCGAUAAGAAGAAGCAAGAGGAUACGUACUGGGGCUUGA